UGCACGACAUGGCGGCGCUCUGAGGGCUGCAGCUCCCGGCCUCCAUCGCUGCCCGGCCUCCAUCGCUCGCUUCCUCCGCCAUGAGGAACCUGCGGCUGCUGCGGGCCGGUGGGUGCCGCUCCACCGCCGCCACGGGCAGCCCGCAAUGCUUCUGCCUCGGCGCCGAGCCCGGCGUGGUUCUCGUGGGCUCCCAGUACGGGCUCGUGGAGCUGCGCCCCGCCGGGGACUCGGUGUCAAGAGAAGUCUCCCUGACUGUGGAUGGGUUCUUGCCUGAAGAUGGAAGUGGCUGCAUUGUGGGUGUCGAAGAUCUUCCAGAGCAGGAGAGUGUGUGUGUUGCUACAGCAGCUGGAGACAUCCUACUCUGCAAUCUGAGCACAAAACAGGUGGAAUGUGUUGGAAGUGUGGACAGCGGUCUGAGUAUCAUGAACUGGAGUCCUGACCAAGAGCUUGUUUUGCUUGCAACAGGUCAGCAGACACUCAUCAUGAUGACAAGGGAUUUUGAGCCAAUUACAGAGAAGCAAAUCCACCAAGAUGAGUUUGGAGAAGGAAAGUUUGUUGCUCUUGGCUGGGGUAAAAAGGAGACACAGUUCCAUGGAUCAGAAGGAAAACAGGCAGCACAUCGCAAACAGACGGAGGUGUUGCCAGCAUCAGCCUGGGAUGAUGGCAGGCCUCGGGUGACAUGGAGAGGAGACGGGCAGUUUGUUGCAGUGAGUGCUGUCUGUCCAGAGACAGGUGCUCGGAAGGUCCGGGUAUGGAGCAGAGAGCUUGUGCUGCAGUCAACAAGUGAGCCUAUCUCGGGAUUAGAACAAGCACUGUCAUGGAAGCCCUCAGGAAAUCUGAUAGCAUCUACACAAGAAAAACCCAACAGACAUGAUGUGGUUUUUCUGGAAAAGAAUGGACUUCUUCAUGGAGAAUUCACCCUCCCUUUCCAAAAAGGGCAGGUCAAAGUUAAUGAAAUGCUUUGGAAUGCAGAUUCUACAAUCCUGGCUAUAUGGCUGGAAGACCUGAAGGUGGAAAACUCCAACCCAAACACUUAUGUUCAGCUGUGGACCACAGGAAACUAUCACUGGUACCUGAAGCAAAGUCUACACUUUGGUAACUUGAAGGAAAAUCAGUUGGUUUCACUGCUGUGGGACCGAGAGAACUUGUACAGACUACAUAUACUCUGCCAGGACUGGCAUUACCUCUUCUACGACUGGAAUUGGACUACAGACCAUGGGCUCGGGGAGAAUAGUCAACAUAUGGCAAAUGUGGCUGUUAUAGAUGGAGAUAAAGUGCUUGUCACAGCCUUCCAGCAUGCUGUGGUGCCUCCACCCAUGUGUACCUAUGAGCUCCACCUCCAACAGGCAGUUAAUCAGGUUGCAUUUCACACAGAUCCCAAACAUAGUGGGGACAUGGCUGUCCUGGAUGCUGAUAACAGGAUCUCUGUAUACAGAUAUGGGCAGAGUACAGUGAAUGACCCUUCUGUCAAGUUUGGAGCUGUGGGAGGAAAUGGCUUUAAAGCAGCUGUGGAAACACCAUACUUGGAUAAAACCUACAGAGUUGAUGUGAGCAGCAGCAGCAAUGAAGUGAUGAAUCCUCUGGGGCUCCGAUUUCUCACCUGGCUGCCAGAUGACAGCUUCCUGGUUGUUGGUCAAGGUCAGCAUGCUGCUCAGUCUGUCCUUCACCAUCUGACUGCAGUGCCUCACGUGGCUGGAGCUGAAGAAGAAUGCCUGAAUUUACGGUUGUCAGUGCCUGUUGAUGGAGAAGUGAUCAGCCUGUACUGCAGCCCAGUGACCAGAACUGUAGCUCUGCAGUUGACUGAUAGACGGAUCCUAAAAUACAUGUGGGAGGCUUCUACUCCAGUCCUUGAGCCCUGGUGGACUAGCAGUAGCUCUGCUGUGCAGUUCCCCUACCGUUGUGUGCAGAUUUCCAUCACGAGGAUCAGUGGUGAAGAGGUGAUCUUGGGCCUCACAGAUCGAUGCCGGUUUUUUGUUAAUGAUGUUGAGGUUGCUUCUAACAUCACAUCAUUUGCAACAUACAAUGAGUUUUUGUUGGUGACAACCAACUCACAUACCUGUCAGUGCUUCUGCUUGAAGAACUUAUCAGUGAAGGCCCUCCAGGCUGGUCUGAGCAGUGCUGCUGCACCCAACAGUGAGACCCUGCGCAAGGUGGAGCGAGGCUCACGUAUCGUCACUGUUGUUCCCCUGGACACAAAGGUUGUACUUCAGAUGCCAAGAGGAAAUCUGGAGACCAUUCACCACCGUGCUCUGGUUCUUGCCCAGAUUCGCAAGUGGCUAGACAGGCUGAUGUUCAGGGAAGCUUUUCAGUGUAUGAGGAAGCUGCGAAUCAACCUCAAUCUUCUCUAUGACCACAAUCCCAAGGUAUUUCUGGAAAACACAGAAACGUUUAUCAGGCAAAUAGAUUCUGUGAACUAUAUCAACUUGUUUUUCACAGAACUGAAAGAAGAAGAUUUCACAAAGAGUAUGUACCCAUCCCUGAAUGGUAGCAGUAACAGCCAGCCACACCCGCAUCCUGAUCAGAAAAAAGUAAACCUCAUAUGUGACGUGAUGAGAGUUGCCAUGGAACACAUUGACCCUCAAAAAUACUGCCUAUCGAUACUGACAGCACAUGUAAAGAAAAGUCCUCCAGAACUAGAAAUUGCUCUCCAGAAGGUUCAUGAUCUUCGAGAAAGCAGUAUGCCAGAUGUCCAGGCUGUGAGUGCAGAAGAAGCACUGAAGUACCUGCUUUUCCUUGUGGAUGUCAAUGAAUUGUACGAUUAUUCCUUGGGGACGUAUGACUUUGAUUUAGUCGUCAUGGUGGCAGAAAAGUCUCAAAAGGACCCAAAAGAAUACUUACCCUUCUUAAAUUCCCUUCGGAAAAUGGAAACCAAUUAUCAACGAUAUACAAUAGACAGACACUUGAAGAGAUACACGAAAGCUCUUGGCCACCUCUGCAAAUGUGGUCCUGAGCACUUCUCUGAAUUUCUGAACCUGGUGAAGGAUCAGAACCUGUAUUCUGAGGCCUUGAAGCUGUACCCCUCUAGCACUCAGGAGUACAAGGAUAUCAGUGAUGCAUAUGGGGAGUACCUGAUUCAGAAGCAGCUGUAUGAACAGGCUGCAUUGAUAUUUGCUCGUGCUGGCAUCUUUGCAAAAGCACUUGAUGCUUUUCAGAGCAGUGGCAGCUGGCAGCAAGCCCUUUGCAUGGCAUCACAGCUUGGUUACACAAAGGAUGAGCUGUCCAGCCUGGCACGGAACAUGGCAGGAAAACUAAUUGAACAGAGAAAGUACGCAGAGGCAGCCAUACUCCUGGAGCAGUACACUCAGGACUAUGAGGAGGCUGUUCUCCUGCUCUUAGAAGGGGCUCUUUGGGAAGAGGCUUUGAGGCUGAUUCACAAGUAUAGUAGACUGGAUAUCUUAGAGACCAACUUAAAACCUGCUAUUUUGGAAGCUCAGAGGAGUCAGCUGAUCUUCCUAGAUUCCCAGAAAACAGCAUUUCUCCGCCAUAAGAGUCGCCUACAAGUGGUGCGAGAGCUGAAGGGGAAGGCCUGUGAGAACCUGCAGGAUUAUGAAGUGCCAAAUUGCCCAGAAUUGGAGCUUUUCUCUGAAACCAGCAGUGUUGUGACAGCCAGUGACAUGAACAGCAAAUACUCACACAGCAAUUCAAGAAUAUCAGCGCGAUCCUCAAAGAACCGACGCAAGGCGGAGCGUAAGAGAUACAGCCUGAAGGAGGGGAGUCCUUUUGAGGAUAUUGCCCUUCUGGAAGUCCUGGGAGAGAGUGUUCGUGCUGUUGAGACUGUGAAAGGAGAGAUACACAUCCUUCUGAAGCAGCUUGUGCUCUUUGGUUAUGAUGAGCAAGCUGGGGCACUGCAGAAAGUCCUGGAAGAGGUUUUGCAGUUGAUGGAGACCUCAGUCUCAGAAAUCUGGACUUCAGACCUGCAACAGAGCUCUGUCAGCCUGGUCUUGGGACCCAAUUCAACUGCAAACAGCAUUAUGGCUGCCUAUCAGCAGAAGAGGAUGGUGCCUCCAGUUGUACAAGAUCCAGAAGUACUGACUCCACCAAAAUUCAGUAAAAAUCUACAGUGGAAGCUGCAUCUUCUCCAGUAACCAGAAGCCAAGGAAUUCCUCUGGACUCUGAACUCUUGACUUUUCACAUAAUUUCAUGAUAUCUUUGCAGAAGCUGUUGCUGUUCUGGUGUUUCUGAUACACUGUUCUUAGGGCUGUGCGAGUGAAGGGUCCCUCUGCCUGGUGCAGCUGUGACUGGGACCCGUUUGGUGUCGCGCUUAUGGGCACAGCCACUCACAUCCACUGCAGAGGUGGCUUGUGAGGCUGGGGAGCAAGAGGAUACGCAGCUCUGAAAGCUCCUACCACUAUUCCCCCUUCUGGAUGAAGCAAUCCCACCAGUAUUGGAUGGGUUAUCUUCCCUGCCAUCCCUUCCUCACAGAGUUGAUACCUGCCAUGAUGACAGGGCACAUUUUAAGCACUUCAGCCUGCUUUAGAAAGCUCGCCUGUAAGACUGUAGCAAUAGCAAAUGGCUGUAGUUGCUGAACAAAUUUUGUGUUUUCUCUGCUGAAGCUGGGUGUUGCUGAUACCAGAUUUUCAUCAUUGCUUUGUUACAUCAGAGUGAAUCCUGCAGUGCCAACAGCCAUUGCUGUAUUGAAACUGGGCCCAUUCACACCAGGGAGGGCUUGGACAGAGGAAAACAUGAAUAAAAGCAGGGCAGUGGCAGUGUCACGCUCUGCUGGGUAAUACCACCCUAAUUAUCUGAGAUCAAAGAUAGUCUAACGCUGCUUUAUGACACUGACAGAUCAGCAGGUGUUCCCUGAUAAUGCUGUGCACUAUUGCAGAACUAUGUCAUCUGGAAACUGGUCUUGUGCUGAGAAUUAGGUUUUACCCCAGAAUACGUCUGUGAUCUGGUGCGAGAAAUAAUAGCAGCAGUUCUGGGAGCAGAGGAAGGAGACAAGGCUGAAAACCUUUCCAUUGGUAGCAUCCCCUUCCUGGUUAAUUUCGGCCUGGUUGCUGCAGUGUUCAGGCCAUUUCUGCUGGGUGCUGCAGAAAAACACUGCACAAACAAGGUGCUUUACUGUAUGUUGGGGGUGUUUAAUAGCACAGCAGCAAGCUGUGUUCUGACUGUACAGCAUGACCAUGUCCAGUGCUGCAGGUCACUGCUCUUGUGUGGCAAGAACUCCAUUGAAUUGGGGUGGCCAUUUGGUCUUGCACCAUGUUGUGCUGUCUUGGGCUUGCUGGAGGGGAGUGGUAAAAGCCUUUUGUCAGUCUGAAGCAUUGGAGCACAUCUUGUUUCCACUUGUUCAGAGUUGCAUGGCCUGUUCUGGGUUGUGUGGGGACAACUUAAACUUGUCAAAUACUGUGACUACACUUGAAAGAGAUUCUCCAAGAGUAAAUAAAGCGUUUUGAGAUGGCAAAACACAUGAAAGGCUUUCCAGGGCAAGACUGUUUCAAAAGAUCUGGUUUUCAAAAUGGUAGCAGAGCAAAGUCUAUGGUGCAAUACAGAAGCUGUCUACUAGAUCUGGAGAAAGGGUUGAUGAGGGAGUCUGUGCUCCUUUGCAGAGCACUCUGGCCCUGCAACUGAAAUGUGACACACCAGUAAUUCCUGACAUUGCUAAAUCUGAUGCCAGGAAACGCUGAGGUCUUGCACAACCUAAUCUGUUGUCUAGAAAGAGAACACAAGAAAAGGUAAAAUUGCCACUGGCUUACUGAGCAUUCAUGCUUGUGCCAAAGUACAUGUAUGAUUUCUUUUGCUUUUCCAUCAUGGUGAUGGUGAAAGCCAAAGACUCUUUUGUGUUAGGUGUGUUUUCUUCUCCCAUCACAGCAAAACCCCUUUAAAUCUGCCAUCCAAGUGAAAGACCAGUCUUCUAAAUCACUCAUCACUGAAUUCUUACUGUCUUCCCCUACACCUUUCCUUCCCUAGUGUUCUUGGAGUAAGGAGCAGUAGAGCUGGGAGCAGCACCCAGUGUGAGUGAGUCUUGAGGGUGGAUGCCCUGCUUACUACUUCUGCAGUUGCUGAACCUUAGUUUCUUAGCAGCAGCUAGGAGUCAGCUUUCCCUUGAUUUCUGCUGGCAUAUUCUUUUGCUUUCUUAGUGAUGCAUGUAAUCUUGAAAUAUACUCAGCUUCAGUUACUGGCAUUACAGACACAUUGAAUUUGCUCUUUUGAAUUCUUUGGAGGCUCCUACAAUAACCAGCAAUGGAAGUAAGCCAUUAAUGCAGAAAUAUGGAGUUAACUUUAAAGAUAUCUCAGCCUCUGAGCAAAUGUGGCUGUAUGGAAGCCUGUUUCCCUUAUUGGGUAUUUCUCACCUCUCUGCUGAUUAGCUUCAUUAAACACAAAAGAAAUCCCAUCAAGUUCACUAGGAACUUUCAUGAACAGUAACACAAACUGUGGUUCGUUGGAACAAUAGAUUAUAGGUUCUUAGAUAGCCGGUGAUAAACGCACCUGCAAUAUACAAUUGUAUAGUGCUGUGUACAAGUGUUCCUGGGUAUACUCCAAUGGAGUCAGAGUCACAGAUCUUUCCAAAGAGGCAUCCCUGCUCUGGGGAAGAGAUCAGCAAGACCCUGGACUUGUCUGCAAGGUGGUCAUGUUCUCAUCCUCUGCCUUGAAGGCUUUCCAAGAAUAAAUGUAUUCUUUUUGGGAGAAGCAGAGAUGAGAUUACAGUCAAAUAUUCUGUAACUGCAGUUGUAAAUGGAGAGGAGGGGGAGAGAACCACUUUCUGUGUCAAUGAGUAUUGAGAAAUGCAAGGAGAGGACAAAGGAUGGAACACAACACUUGCACCACUCUCUUUUCCACCUGGAUGGCUGCAGAGGCAAGGGCCAUCUGGCCCUCCACCUGGUAACCUGUCAUUCCAUCACCUACCAUCAGCCCAUGUUAAUCCUCUCACCACAUUUCUCAUGGCACAUCUCAUGGAAGGUCCUUUACCACGUUUUUCUUGGCUUUAGGCCUCGUUCCUAUAACAAUAUUGCAGAAUACAGCUCCAGAAGAGAUCUAAUUACAGCCAGGGGUGGAAAGAAGAUGCUUUACCAUCACUGGCUGAUGAGGAUUAAAAUUAUGCUGCUGUUUUUAGGCUUUCUUCCAACAAAGAUGUCGUAUUGGUUGCUCACAGUCUCCUGUAUGGACUUACCAGGUGUAGAUGAAAGAUUGGAGGAAGGCUGUGGGUCCCCUGCAAAGGCACACAUGAAGUAACUUGUGACAAUGUCUACAUUUCCUGCCUUGGUUUCCUUCAUGGCCUUGAGGCUACCCCUAUAGGCAGCUGCCCCUGGCUGCCCCUUGUUGGCUUCAGAGAGCUUGUACACUCUGCUGCCUUCCUGCAGACCUUUCCCAUACAGUGGUGACCUCACAGCGAGUGCUGGACCUGCAGCCAUCCCUCCCCCUGGGGUUAGCCCUGGUGGCAGUGGUUCUCCCAGUGAUGCCACUGAUUUACAUCAUACACAGGCUUGUCCUUCUCAAUUGUGCUCCACAUUUCAGUGUAUGGCAACUGUGCCUCAGCUGCACCGUUCCCAUACAGAUGGAUUGCAGGUGUUUAUGCUUCACUCUGACCUGCCCUGAGAGGCACUAAAACCAAAACUCCCACCCUGAUGUGAUGGGCCAUGAGCACUGCAUUUCACUGUAAAGAAGCAUGGCUUUCCUCUCUGGCCUAUGUCUGCCAUUAGGAAGACCACAGCCCUCCAGCAUUCACAACUGGCUUUGGUCCAAAUUAGUUCCUGUUGCAAAGCAUUAGCACUUUACCUCUGGAGCCAGCUGAAGCCCUAGUUUGUGUCAAGAAUGAAUUCAGACUGGCUGUGCUUUUCUUAUUGUUCCUUACUCUCUUAAGCUUUAUUUUGUAAUUUGAGGAAUAUUAUUAUUGAUGUCAGCAAAAGUUGAAUUGUGACUGGUGUUUUAAAUUAGGUAAUGGCCAACCCUUCACCUUACUGUACCCUGUUCUGGUGAAAGAUGAAUGAUUUAAGAAAAGAUUUUGCACAGUGAGUCAUAGGAGAGUGAUAAAUACUUAAAAGACCCAGAAAGGUGGGAAAUGGCAAGGUCUUGCAGAAUAGUUUUGAAACAAGUAGAGGAAACAGACAGAAAUCUUGAAUAAGAUACUGAACACUGCAUUUGGCAAUGUUCCAAAUGUUUUACUGAAAUUAAUUAAAUCACCUAAAAAAGCAUCCUUUAGAUGAACUUAGUUCAUUAUAAUGUGAAAACCACAUCUCUAAACAGGCGCAAUUAAUUUGAAAUGCAUUGUACCUUUAAAUUGAACCAGGCAAAAGAUUGUCCAAUAGCUAUUGAGUAGGCAGGUAUUUAGACAUCAGGUAAGUGCAGACUUAGGUAUUUUGAAAAUAUCUCAGCUACACUGCUUGGCUAGAACUGGGUGUGCUGUCUCUGUGGAUUCACCAUCCAGCACCCAUCUACGCACAAGCAUGAAAUAAACAUGACCCUCUGUGAGGAUUGGCUUCUUGCAUACCAGAUUGAAAGAACACAUUUUUGGGGACUACUUUACAACAGAAACAUCUUUAUUCUUUUCCAGCAACAGCAACUUACUAUUUGCCCCAUCUGAGUGGGAACAGCAACAUGCUGCUGGCAUGGGGGAAUGGAAGAAGAAGACACUGUCUCCCCACAGAAAGUGUUACUGUUAGGAGCAGCAUUUUGCAUGUAUAGCAAAAGCUCUGUGCACUCUCAUUGAAAGCCAUUUCACACAGAGCAUCUUUCUUAAGUCAGAACUGGGCUUAGGACGAAUUUGAACUGUACAAACCAGAUCGGGAGUCAGGAGAUUUUUAUUAGUACUGUUCUGCUGCUUCUGCAAGUUCACAUCUUCACAACAAUCAAAUGAUAAGAGGCUCGCUAAAAUCCUGGUUAGAGAAACAGCGGGAUUAAACCACAGGAUUUCUGUACCAGCCUCAACAUAUGAAGACAAGUAGCUACAAAUCUUGAUAGCUUUAUUACUCUGGGGAGCAGUAAAGCUGGUCAUUGUGUAUUACAUUUCAUAUAAAAUGUUUAAAUACAUCCUUGUACCCAAAAGAGAUUGUUUGGAGCACUCAGAGCCUGAGCAGUGACUGUCCUGGCACCCUGGUGAGGGGCAAAGCCCACUCCAUAGCUGAGGGACAGUUCAGCAGCACUGAGCUGUCAGGCCUUUCAGUGGCACAGCAAAGUGGGGACGAUCAGCUGCUGCUCCUUCCCCUCCACUGGCAGUACAUUCUGGCAGCCACACCAGUGCUUGCAACAUUAACACACAGGAGGAACUUCAGUGAAAGGGAGAAAACAUCAAGAUAAAGACCUCUAAAUAAUUGUUUCUUUCUCAGUGGAAACCAAGAUCUGGGCUCAGUUCAGCUCCUGAAUUAAAAUAAAUCUUUUCAUCCAAACAAAGCACUUUUCCCAGACUUCAACUCACUGACAGAUUAGUGUAGCCGUACCACAAUAAAGCUGCAACCAAAAAGCUUCAAUUUCAGAAAUCACUUUAUUUAUAUUUUUAGUAGGGAAUAAGAAGAGGGCUUGUUUUUUUUGUUGAAGCUAUUACUAAAUUAGCGUGCUGCUGUUUCCAGGCUACUUUUCCACACAUUGUAUUUGCAAUUCCAGUUAAUAAACACACAUUUCCAUUAA